AGUUGCUUGGUUUUCCUCUCGCGUCGGUUGCGUACGCGCCUGCUUGGUCUGUGUAUGGAGCUCUAAGAUCGGAGGACAAUGUGAUUUUUGGAAGGAGGCUGGAUUUUGCGCCGUAACAGGCUAGAAGCGCGCGGAGACAUGGGCUUCUCUGUAUUUAUGGUCACAUGAGCAUCAGCCCUUCAGGCCACAUGCUGGUGAUGGAGGAGCUUUUCACUGACAGCAACAGCAUGCCAAAGCGGAUAUCGCUCAUCUGCUUCCUGUCUUUGGUCAUGGCGAUGAGCAUCCUGGGAAACCUACUGGUCAUGGUGGCCGUCUGCAAGGACAGGCAACUCAGGAAAAUCAAGACCAACUACUUCAUAGUAUCCCUGGCUUUCGCUGACCUGCUGGUGUCGCUCCUGGUGAUGCCGUUCGGUGCCAUCGACCUGGUGCACCAGCAGUGGAUCUACGGCGAGACCUUCUGCUUGGUGCGCACCUCGCUGGAUGUGCUGCUCACCACCGCCUCCAUUAUGCACUUGUGCUGCAUAGCCCUCGACAGGUACUAUGCCAUCUGCUGCCAGCCUCUGGUGUACCGCAACAAAAUGACACCCAUGCGUGUGGCCCUGAUGAUCGGUGGCUGCUGGGUGAUCCCCACCUUCAUCUCCUUCCUGCCCAUCAUGCAAGGAUGGAACACCAUCGGCAUUGACCAUGUGAUCGACGAACGUCGUCACACGGAGGGCAGCAACUCCACGACGUGCGUAUUCCUGGUGAACAAGCCGUACGCGGUGACAUGCUCAGUGGUGGCCUUCUACAUCCCGCUGGUGUUGAUGGUGCUGGCCUACCAGCGGAUCUACGUGACGGCACGGGCGCACGCCCUCCAGAUCGGCGCGCUGCGGCGGGCGGGCGGCGCCUCGUCGGACUCAGCCGACCAGCAGCGCAAUCACCACAUGCGUGUAGAGACCAAGGCGGCCAAGACGCUGUGCGUCAUCAUGGGCUGCUUCUGCCUGUGCUGGGCCCCCUUCUUCAUCACCAAUGUAGUGGACCCCUUCAUCGGCUACACAGUGCCCGACCAGUUGUGGGCGGCCUGCCUGUGGCUGGGCUACAUCAACUCCAUGCUUAACCCCAUCCUCUACGCCUUCCUCAACAAGUCCUUCCGCCGUGCCUUCCUCAGCAUCCUGUGUUGCGGGCGCAAGCACUACCGACGACCUUCCGUGCUGGUGGGCCCGCGCGCACCCUGCGCCGCUGCACGCAUCAAUGGGUCCACGCAUGUGCUCAAGUAUUUGGUGCUUCAAAAUGGGAACCAUGUGGCACAGGAGAAGGAAAAGCUGCACGACCACGCAGAGUCCUGCUUGUGACGCGUCGUCACACACCUCCAUGAAGCCCAUAUGCGGGAAUGGUGCGCAACGCCGACUCGGCCUAGAUCCACGGCUGCUAAGAGUCUGGUGGACCGUGGCCAAACUAGUUGGUUCUGGCUCUGGUUCUGGCCCCAAUGUGACUACAAACAAGCACCACCUGUGGGACUUUGAGGGUGUGAUAUUUCCGAAGCGAAUGUUAAUAUGGUAGUUAAUUUAACGGUACAUUUAUAUCACCUCUUUGUGCGUGCGUGUGUGCGUGCGCACGUGCGUGUGUGAAUUUGUGUGCACGUGUGUGCACUUUGUGUGUAUUUAUGCAUUUGUAUGAAUGUGUGUGUAUGCAUGGAUGUGUUGGUGCACGCAAACAAACAAAUGUGCAUUAACUGCAGACUUUCAUCUUUGAUUUGAGUUCAGGUGACUGGUGUAGGGAUUAUACUAUAAAGCGUGUAUGCCUCCCACUUUUGUAGGGACCAAAAGGGAGUUAACAAUCCUAAAUCAUGCUUUCAAUUUGGUUACAAAUUCUUUGCAGUCAAUUACUGCCUUAAGUCUGAAAUGAAUCUGGUGAGGCUCUGCCAGACCUUGAAUGAAAACGAUUUCAGUUCCUGUUGUUCUUGGGGCAUUUUCCAUUCAGUUUUGCCUUGAGCAAACUAGCAUGCUCAGUUAGAUUCAGGUCUGGUGACUGAUUCGACCAUUGCGUAACAUUCCACUUCUUUGCCUUAAGGUUGCUUUCGCAGUGAGCUUUGUGUCAUCAUUGUCCAUCUGCACUAAGACGCACCAUCCAAUGCAUUUUAAAGCAUUUGAUUAAAUAUGAACAUAUAAUACCUGCAGAACCCCAUCAGAAUUCAUGUCAGCAAUCACAUCAGAAAUAAAUGCAAAGCAAUCACUUGUAAAUACCCUCACAUUCAAGCUGAAAGUCUGCAAUUAAAGCAUAUCUUGGUUUCAUUUCAAAUCCAUUACGGUGGUGUUUAGAGCCAAAAAGAUAAGAAUUGUGUCAAAGUCCCAAUAUUUAUAGACCCGUCUGUUCUUUUCAUAGGGGAAAACUCGUAGUUUGGAUUUUGAAAGAUGUCUUUUGUGACGCUAGUCUCGGGAUAUUUCUGACACACCUCAGAUAAGUGCAAAGGAAUGCGUGUGCAUUCCUUCCAACAGUAUGUGCAUGCCUGCACAUGUGUGUUUUCACGGUGAGGCAUGUGGGAUUCUUUUUGUCUCUUACAACCAUUUGUGCGCGUGCGUGAACAGUACUCUCCCGUCAUUCCAUGCUGCACCCAUGCCUCCUCCGCGUGUCACAUGACCCAUUGGCCCCAGGACUGGGAAUGUAGAGGACCGUAUACGUACUCAAACAUGUUUACAUAAUGCAACUUUAGUAAUCUAUGUUGUUGAUUUUUUUUGGUCUUUAAUUUAGGCCCUCGACGCCAUUUGACUUAGCAUGAUUAAAGUUGGUUGGCAUGUAGUAUGUCGUGAAGAGACCCCAAAAAGUCUCAACAAGCCAACCACAAAAAGACAAAGGUCUGCCAUUUUUUUGUCACCAUUGUAGGCUCAAUUGUCAAUUUUCAAGAGUCCCUCAAAAACAAAUGUGUUUUAGACUUUGCCUGAUCGCUACCAAAUUUGUACCACACAAAUGGAUGCCACUAAAUUGGGAAAUAUUUUUCUCAAUGCGUAUGAUGACUCUCAAAACAGAAACUCUAAUAAAUUGAGAAUGGAAAUUUCGUAUUUUCGUAGACAUUUCUCACAAAAACAUCUCAAGAAGCUAUUUCUGAAAAGAGACACGGACAGGGUUUGCUAUUGUGGUUGGAAGAAGAAAUUUUAGUGUCAUGAAUAAAACCAACGCAAAGGUCUCACAAAGCCAUGCCUUAAAGACACGGGAAUUCUGCCAUGUUGAUUUGAAGCUGCAAUUUUAGAUUUUGCCUACAACUCUCAAUGGGUGGACUCAAAUGGCAUUUAAUGAAUCAUUUCCUUCCAUUCACAAACAGUGGGUGGAAUAAAGUCCCGAGACACCUCCCGAGUUCAUCAAAAGAGAUUGAACUAAAAGUCAGGAAAGAAGACAAUUUAGAACAGGGGUCACCAACACGGUGUCCACGGGCAACAGGUCGCCCGUGAGGACCUCGUGAAAUAGCGGCUUCUAUUUAUUUUAUUUUAUUUUUUCUAUUUUUGUUUAAAUCACACUUACACGUGAACUGGAAAUGACAAUUAAUAAUAAAACAUAGUUUCAGCUAAAUUGAGCAAAUUGGCUAUUUCAGAAGUGUGUGUCAAACUGGUAGUCCUUUGCCUUAAUCAGUACCCAGGAAGUAGCCCUUGGUUUAAGAAAGGUUGGUGACCCCUGAUUUAGAAGAAUCACUUUCGGGGAUGUCCCAAUACUUUUGUCUAUUUUGUGUAGUUUCACUUCUGAUGGAUUACUGCAUUACUUUCAUGAUUUUGUUUUGGGGGGGUGUUUUGCUUUUCAAGCUGUGAGCUCACCCAUGUGUGAAGCACGAGCACUUUGACACACACAAGAACAAUCUGAAAAAUAUAAUGUUUAAAAUUCAUUCAAUCAAUGUUUUUUGAUGUCUUUGCUUUUCGAUUAUCUGUUGUUGUUUUUGUUGAUUGGAACAGAGUGAGUGAGUGAGCGCAGUUUGUAAAAUACUGUAAAUAAAAAGAGACUUUAUUGACA